CUGUAGGGGAUGAACAGAUGAGGGGAAUGUAGUAGCCUUCUUGGAGGAGACUAAUCUAGAGAGCGGCUACAAUUUUUAAGUAGUAUACUCAGAUUUAAUCAGUAUUUACUGAAUACCUGUUCACAUAUUUAAUAGUAUAUAAUGCUUACAAUAACACCCUGAAAUAUAUUAGUCUGCACUUACGGGUAAGGAAAAUGAAGCUAAAGUGAGUCUCUUCCCUACUAGCUCAGGGAUCCUCAGAACAAGACCAUCUCACACUUUGUCAGGCUGUUGCCACGAAAUAAAAUUAAUGCACCUGGAGAUGUCGGAGGGAGUAGAUAUACAACACUUCUCAGAAAAACUUUAUAUGUGAUUCCCACUCACCAAGACAGAAGAGUGCACAAUGCUCCAAUGAAUGUUGACCCAGAACUGAGCAGGGCAGAAGCGGCUUGCAAAAGAAAGCCACUUGCUUCCCAGGACCUGUCUCCUAGCACUAACUUUCAGGUGUCUCCUGGUUCAGUCUUCUUCUAUUACCAGUAACGGUAAUGAUAAUAGCCACUAGCCUUUAUUGAGCACUUAUCUGCCAAUUUGGGACUGAGCUGGUUCACAUAAUAAAAGUAUUUUUUAGUAAUACUCAAUAUUUUUUAAUAAUGAAAAGAGAAUAAAAGAGUAUUCUCCUUUAAUAUUCAAGGCAACCCCUUGAGAAUGGUAUUAUUAACUUCCCUUUAUAGAUAUAAGGAAACAGAUUAAGUAACUUGCCCAAGGUCACCCAGGUACAUCUGGGAUUUGAACAUAGAUCUGGUUACCUCCAGACCUCAGGCUCUGCACCAAGAUGGGCCUUUCCCAUUUUUAAUCUAUAGAGUGUAUAUUUUUGGGCUAAGCUGGUUCUGCUUCUUACUGUAGAAAUAAGUGUCCCCAGCUUAGCUUCUGAAUAAGCCCUUUAGUACAUGGGCAUCAGGCAUAUCAGUAUGACCUCAUCGGCACUACUAAAGUUAUUAAGCACCCACCAUGAGUCAACAACCCUUCACAGUCAUCUUAUUAGCAUACUUUUUAUCACUCUGUUUGAACAAACUGAGGUUCAAAUAGGUAGAAAAACGUAUCCAAAGCCACACAACUGGGAAAGUUGAGAUUCUAACUGGCAGAGCUGAGAUUCUAACCUGGUCUUCCUGGCUGCAGGGCAAUUUCUCUCUCUAAAAAAUAUUAAUUGUUGCAAUAAUAUUUCUCCCAAGACUCAGGGAACCAUCUUCUGUACAUGUCUAGCUACAGGUUAUACUGAUUGGAAAACAGCACCCACUAUAAAUAGGGCUCCCCCGUUUAUUUAGUCAGUGUCCAUUCCAGAGUAAUCUUCCUUCAAGAAAGGAAGGAGAGGAGAGAGUGAGAAACAAAGCCAGGGGAAUUAAACUUUGCCUGGUGUUGGGACAAAGCUGCAAGUUGUAAUGACAGGGGGCCAUCCAGACAGUAAUGUGGGAUUUCCCUAGGGAACAGCAAGUAAUUCGAGAGAAAACUAAAAAAAAGGAUUAGCUGGAAAUGGGGGUGAACCAGGGACCAAGGUAGUUGUGUCCAUGGGGAUGAGGUGAGUGACCAGAAGAGGAACCUACGAUGGGCAGAGGUAAUGGUAACAGGAAGCAGGAACAGAGGGAAGCAGGGCUGUCUUGUGAAUGAACUGAGUUUGGUGUUUGCCCAUAGCCACUCCCUGGGUCCUUAGGCCCUCACAGGGACCUUUGCCCCACCACACCCAACCCUGACAGACUAACUCUCCAGGACAAGUUUAUUGUCUGCUCUGAACUACCAGGCCCUGCCAGGAGCUCCAGGCCCACCUGAGGUAACAUCCCUUUGGAACAGCUGCUUCAGACUAGCCUAGGAAUCACAAAACUGUGGUCAAGGAAACCAUGAAGGAGAGAACUGGUCAGCAAGAGCAAGAGACACCCAGCCUUCGUCUGGAAAAGCUACAGCACUGGGCAAUGCACAGGCACAGUGGGCACCUCUUGGUGCUGGCGAUGAGCCAGCUAUGGCUGGCAGUGGCUGUGGUGCCCUUUGCUGUCUCAGUUGCCUGCCUGAACUCUGCCUGUCACAUGGCCACAGCACUGCCACUUGGGCCUGGAGCAUUGGGUCUCCUCACUGGGAUUGUUACUCUUGAGCUGCGCAGAGCACCCCGCCUCUGGAAGGUGCAGGCCAUGAUGAUUUUCAACACCUUCAAUUUGAUCUUGGGCUUCAUCGUGGUGGUGGCUGAAGUGAUGAAGACAGUCUUGGCACCUGCCCCUAGUGCCCCAUCCCAGCUGGCCGGCUUGCUGGUGGUGGAGCUCAGCACUGAGGCCUUCACCCUAGGGGGAGUGCUGGUCUCAGUAUGUUCCCUUUUCCUGCUGAGCGAGAGGAAGCCAGGAUGCUGCAGGAGCCAGAAUCCACGGCACUACCAGGAGCUGCAGGAGCGUCUCUCUGAGUUGGAGGAAGUUCCUGAUUUGGAGAAAGGUCCCACGGUGGCUAGCACAGCGAACGAAACCAAUGAGUGAGCUGGCAAGGGGAAGCAGACAGGUGCUGCUCUGCUACCUACCCUUCGGGAGCUCUCGCCACUCCCUCCUGCC